CGCGCACACGUGCCGGGCGGUGGCGGGAUUCCGCCGCGUGCGCUUUCCCGCUUCGGCGCGCCCUAAGCUUGCUACGCCUGGGCCGCCUGUCCAGCCUCGCCGGCACGCCCUGCGCUCGCUCCCUCGCGGCUCGGCGCACCCCUCCUCCCUAGUUUCUCCUGGAGCGCAGGCCCCGCCCGUUUCCCGCCUCCAGGGCCUGGUUCGUUCCUGCCCCAGUACUCCCCUCUCUUCUGCGCCUCUGCUGCUUCUGCUGAAGGCAGAGGCUCCAUGUUGUCCCCUCAGCGAGCGGUAGCGGCUGCCUCGAGAGGAGCAGGUGAUGCCAUGGAGAGCAGCAAGCCUGGUCCAGUGCAGGUUGUUUUGGUUCACAAAGACCAACAUUCCUUUGAGCUAGAAGAGAAAGCCUUGGCCAGCAUCCUCUUGCAGGACCACAUCCGAGAUCUUGAUGUGGUGGUGGUAUCGGUGGCUGGUGCCUUCAGAAAGGGCAAGUCCUUCAUUCUGGAUUUUAUGCUACGAUACUUAUAUUCUCAGAAGGAAGGUGGCCAUCCAAAUUGGUUGGGUGAUCCAGAAGAACCAUUAACAGGAUUUUCAUGGCGAGGGGGCUCUGACCCAGAAACCACGGGGAUUCAGAUCUGGAAUGAAGUUUUCACUGUGGAGAAGCCAGGUGGAAAGAAGGUUGCAGUUGUUCUGAUGGAUACCCAGGGAGCAUUUGACAGCCAGUCAACUGUGAAAGACUGCGCUACCAUCUUUGCUCUAAGCACCAUGACUAGUUCUGUUCAGAUUUAUAAUUUAUCCCAGAACAUUCAAGAAGAUGAUCUUCAACAGCUGCAGCUCUUCACGGAAUAUGGUCGUCUGGCGAUGGAUGAAAUUUUCCAAAAACCCUUCCAGACACUGAUGUUUUUGAUUCGAGACUGGAGUUUCCCUUAUGAAUACAGCUAUGGACUACAAGGAGGAAUGGCAUUUUUGGAUAAGCGUUUACAGGUGAAGGAACAUCAACAUGAAGAAAUUCAGAAUGUUCGAAAUCACAUUCACUCAUGUUUCUCUGAUGUCACCUGCUUUCUCUUACCACAUCCAGGACUCCAGGUGGCCACAAGCCCUGACUUUGAUGGGAAAUUGAAAGAUAUUGCUGGUGAAUUCAAAGAGCAGUUACAGGAUUUGAUACCAUACAUAUUAAACCCCUCUAAGUUAAUGGAAAAGGAGAUCAAUGGCUCAAAAGUCACCUGUCGGGGACUAUUGGAGUAUUUUAAGGCAUAUAUUAAAAUUUACCAAGGAGAAGAUCUGCCUCACCCCAAGUCCAUGCUUCAGGCCACUGCUGAAGCCAACAAUUUAGCAGCUGCAGCUUCUGCCAAGGACAUUUAUUAUAACAACAUGGAGGAGGUUUGCGGGGGAGAGAAACCUUAUUUGUCUCCAGACAUUCUAGAGGAGAAGCACUGUGAAUUCAAACAACUUGCUCUGGACCAUUUUAAGAAGACCAAGAAGAUGGGAGGGAAAGAUUUCAGUUUUCGUUACCAGCAGGAGCUGGAGGAGGAAAUCAAGGAACUGUAUGAGAACUUCUGCAAGCACAAUGGUAGCAAGAACGUCUUCAGCACCUUCCGAACCCCCGCUGUGCUGUUUGCAGGCAUUGUGGCUUUGUAUAUAGCCUCAGGCCUCACUGGCUUUGUUGGUCUGGAGGUCGUGGCUCAGCUGUUCAACUGUAUGGUUGGACUGCUGUUAAUAGCGCUCCUCACCUGGGGCUACAUCAGAUAUUCUGGUCAAUAUCGAGAGCUGGGUGGUGCUAUUGAUUCUGGUGCAGCAUAUGUAUUGGAGCAGGCGUCUUCUCAUAUUGGCAAUUCCACCCAGGCUGCUGUGAGGGAUUCAGCUGCUGAGAGACAACCUGUGGAUAAAAAAGCUCAAUAGAUCUUAAUAUGAGGAUCCAACAAGAACCCGACCAGCCCCUACCUAUUUCUGGGUUUUCACCACGGCCACAAGUCCAUGUCCAGAGGAGUGGCAGAUUCCAGGAAGAGCUGAAACGUGGCACCAUAAUAAACGAACUGACCUCUCCUGUGGUUUCAGAUUCUUAAAUACACUUCCAUUUC